AUGUGGCAUUAUACAACAUUAUUCAGCUUAUUUCUGCUAAUAGUGUCUUCAAGAACACACGAACACUGGUCAACAGCAUCCUUUCCAUCUGUUUUGUAUGUUUGGUCUGGGCAAGAUAAUUCCGUAUCGAAUGCCUCUGAUUUUGUUGCUGUAAUCGACUUUGAUGAGACAUCGCCUACCUAUGGACAUAUUUUGAAAACAGUUUCACUUGUUUCGGACGUCGCUCACGGCAUUGCAGAAAAAGGAAAUGAGCCACAUCAUUCAGCUGUUUCUGCCAAUGGCCGCUAUUUUAUUAGUGGUGGUCUUCUCAGUUAUCUUUCAGGAAAUAAGGAAGUAUUUGUCUGGAAAAUUCCCGAAGAUCCUUCGAAAGACCCGAAGUUUCUAUAUGCACUUAAUGUACCAAGUGCGUGUCCAGACGAGUUUCUACCGAUUGGUGGCUCUGAGUUUCUUGUAAGUAUGAUGUGUAAUGAGCAAGGUGCCAGUCCAGGCAAUAUGGUACAUAUCAAUGCUGAGACUGGUAUGGCGAAAUCAAUUCUAAAAAACAUAUCAGCUUUCGUUGACUUUAAUCCACAUGGGUAUGGCCGACUCCCCAACGGUUCAAUCUUCGUCGCAGACUUUCUUGAAUCUCGUUCAUUAGUUGGCACCGAUCCAUCACAGAUUAUAUUUCGAAAUACGGCUCGACAUAUUCUUUCUGAUGGAACAUUAGAGCGUACUUUUCGAUUUCAAUUUCCUACUACACUGGGAUCAUCAAGUGGAAUCGGACAAGGCAUUGGAUUUAUGGAACUUAAAACUAUUCCUGGUGAUCCAUUAGGACGUUCUUAUGUCAGUGGUAGUAAUGUGAACAAUAUGUAUUUAAUCGGCCCUGGCAUGCCAGAACCUAUUCUAGCUCUUGAUUUCUCUCAAAUAAAUGGUUAUCAACAACGACUUAGUGCUGGUCUUUUGUCGAUGUUUCCAAAUGGCAAACGUUUAUUAAUGACUUUUCAAAUGCGAUAUGUCGUUUUAGUGAAUAUAGCAAGACCAGAAAAAUCAAAUAUUCUUCGUGUAUUUGACUUUUGCUCUAUUCAAACAAUCCAACAUGUGAAAAUUGGUAUUCCUGGUUCAUUCAAACAUACAACUUUUGCCCAAUUCUGUACUCAAAAUAAUAAUAAUGUUGGUUCACAUACUGUUAUAUAUCUGAAAGAUGAGAAUCGAUUCAUUGUGAUAAACUAUUUUCUCAAAUUUGGCUUGGCUCAAUUUCCCGGCACACGAACUAUGCAUGCAUUUAAACUCAAUAAGGAUCUGACAGAUUUCGAAUAUGACCAUAGGUUUAAUCCUAAUUUUCAAUCUGAUGUUUCACCCAAUAAACAACGUCAAACACUCCAUUCACUACAAGCAUAUCCGCACCAUCUUCAAUAUUUGAAGUUAGACGAAAAGAAACAUUGA